AUUAAAAUAAACGUGUACAACAUUGCGCGCGCAUUUUGUCGGUUUGUUGCUGCAAUUGCAACUUAAGUUUCACAAAAAGCAAAAUGGAAAUUCCCGACGAAUUCCUGGUGGACGCGGAUUCGUUCUACGUCGGCAUCGACCGGCUGCAAUAUUUGUCGUGCCGGAGCUGCUCUCGGUUCACUCUGUUCCUGGUGUACCUUCCGCCCAACGACGGCAACCAGCACGUCGUUUUCGGUCUUCAGAAAGACCAACUCCUGUUCUGCCCGGGCUGCGUCCCCCGGCGGCAGCACCUGCUCCAGAUGUACCCGCAGCUCGGCGAAAGUGUCCUCUGCGAUAGCGCUCUGCUGGCGGCGUUGCAGGGCUUUGAGUACUCGAAUCCGUUUUACCGGAAGUACGCCCGUAUGGCGCGCACCCUCGUGACGGUCGAGACUCGCUUGGAUGGAGAGCUGCCGGCCGAUUCAUUCUGCCUGGCGCUGGACGCGCGCUUCGAGCUCGUGCGACGGCUGUUUGGCGGAGUUCACGCUGGAGAACUGGAAGUAUUCGGGGCUGCAGGAGAUUGGGACGGUGCUGGCGGCCAAGGCCGCGGAGAUCAGACAGUUUUACAGGGAAAGUCAGCUGAUGAGGUCACCGGUUCGGGUCGAGGCUUGCCCGGUGGUGGAGGAGAUUCGGGAAGAGGGGGAAAGAACCGCUGGUUGACGUCGGAUCUAGUCAGGAGGAGUGAAACACUGAAUGCCACCCUUCAGCCGUACAUUGCCGUAGACAAACGGUUCAAUCUGACCGUGCUAAGCUCCAAAUCUCCUUACUCGUGCGGCAUUUGCCUGUUGACCGAGAAGGAUGUACUUCGGUUUGGGGAAUUUAUCGAAAAGCAGCAAAAGAAGGACAUUUUCCGGUGCCAUUACUUUUGUCUGCUAACCGGAACAUACAUCGUACAGAACGGGAGGGAGACGUCGGGAGUUCUCGGAUUUCUCGUGAACGACAUCUACAGUUCGUUCAAGAGGUACCGCCAAAACAAGUGCUGCUACUGUGGCCAGCUUUCGGCAGCCGUCGUAUGCGUUGAACCGGGUUGCGAGAGAUCGUUUCACUACAUUUGUGGCGUCAAAAACAACUGCCUGACUCAGUUUAGCGGCCCAAAUCCAUCCUACUGUCACGAACAUGCCCCGAAUGACCACCCGGAAUGUCACAGCGAAAAUCAAACCUGCUGGAUCUGCUGUGAGGAAAUUGGCCCGUACAAUCCGGUAGCGAGCUUUUGCUCGGUGUGCCCGCCGGAGCACGAAACCGGCAAAACCGAAAUCGGCUGGUACCAUCGGAUGUGCGUGCAAAAGUUUGCCUUCCAAGCCGGUUACUACUUCAAGUGUCCCAACUGCUUCGAAAUGAACGAGUUCACCGAGUACGCCAGAAUGCACGGCAUUUUCGUUCCGAUGCGGGACGCCAGCUGGGAGCGGGAAAAGUACGCCUUCAAGGACAUCCAUCUGUCCAAGUGCAGCGCCGAGGGCUGCAAAGUGUCGGGAAAAAAGUCGAAACAACUGGUCGGCUGUAAGGCGUGUGGAGGCGCAACCAUGCACAUGACUUGCGCCGGGGUGGACGAUCCCAGCGAGUACGUGUGCCCUGAUUGUAUGGAUGCAACGUUUAUUAAACUGUUUUAGGACCGCCACGUUAUUCGAUCUCAUGUAAAUCCCACCAUUAACUCUUAAUCGUAAAAUAGAUUAAACAAGCAGAACAUUCAAAAUUUAAA